AUGGACCCGAGGCAGCAAUUACACGAAGUCUACCCCGGGGGAGACAUCGUCAACCCACCCCCGUUUCCGAAGCGGCCAGAUAUCUUCGAUCAAGCGCCACUAGCUCCAGUGUUGACUGAAGACGACGCAUUUCUUGCCCGUCGAUUUUGGCAGCAGCCCGACGAAUCCCUCGGGCGUGCAUGGAAGGCACAUGCCAAUCGACCUUAUACACGAGCAACUGAAGAAGAAGAAUCGGCAAUGCAUGCGUUGGCUCACAAUGUCUAUGAGCAUUUGAUGAGCAAUCCACUUCUGCCUAUCUCUCGUGAGGAUGCACGAGCCAGAUUUACAGCGGAGGGCUUGGACGAGACUUAUAACGGCGUGCAGGGGCUAGACGCAAUGGAACAAAAAGUGUUCAUACACGGCCUUAAUGUCAGAGAUCCGGAUCUUUGGACGAAAGAUGCACUCACAGAAGAACUGACAUCAAGGGGUCUGCGCACAGACGGGAGAAAAACAGAUCUACAACGCCGUCUAUGGGAAUACGAAUGUGAUGAGCGCUUUGGGGUCUCGAGACAAAGCAACCUGAGUCACUGGGGUAUCCAUCGUGAGCCGAGGCCUGUAAUGAGCCCUGCUACAAGAACGGAUAUGUCUGCACUCGAAAUGUACACCGCGGCAAUUAAACUGAGCCCGUACAAUCCGACUUAUUGGAACAGCCGCGCGUAUUGUCAUUAUCUGCUGGGUCAUUUUGAUCUCGCCAUUGGAGACGCCUAUCGCGGAGAACUUCUCUGUGAAGUAUUGACGACGGCAAACCAAAGGAAUAAGCGGCCCGGGAUGUAUACCAGGGUCUGGGACGCCAUCCAGCAGCAUCUGAUGAUAGAAUUGAAGAUCAAAGGUGUUUCAAUGACAAGGGAGGUUCUGCAAAUGAGGAAGGCAAAUGGUAUCAACUAUUUCAUUCCAACUCUGAGGAACGCCCUUCACAGCAUCACCAGUCUCAGCCUCGCAGCACUGAAUUGCUGGGAUGAUUUCGAAGAUCAUAUGCAGAGUCAACUCCAAAGACCCCUGCCAUACCGCGAUGUGGCAGUUCUAAAAAAGCGGAUGACAGUGAGCGCUCCUGUGAAAGCGGAGAUCGAGCACAGGAGAGAGAAUCCCUCUGCGCUUCAUCCAUCCAUUUAUGGACACGAGUGGAGCCGAGGAUGGAUUUCAGGCGCCGAUAAAUAUCCAUACGACCAAGCGGACGUGAGACGCGAAUCACCACAUUUCAUCGAUGCACUCAAUGCAAAUAUUUUCACAGUCAGUGCCAGUGGCAGGAAGUCUCCUAAACGGAUAUGCCAGGUGCAGCCGACACUCACAAAGGACAAUUCCUUCAAUGGUUUGGGUGUUUUUGCCACUGCAAACAUCAAAGCAGGAGCCCUGAUUCACUACGAGGAACCCAUUAUUCGUGGAAAUCUCAUUCCAAACAGGCUGCUUGAUGAUGAUAGUGAAGACCCUCUCCACGCCCCACGAUGCGACAACUGUCAAACAUUGAUUGACCCGGACGAAAUUCACCAUAUCGAAGACAACUGGGACUUCAUUCAUAGCCCGGCGACCCUUCUUGGAUGGCUACACCCGUCUAAUUGCGUGUGUCUUGACAUGAUGUGUAACUGUUCGGAUGUAGGAUAUUUCCGAGCUACGAGGGGUGCUUUGCUAUUCUGUUCUUCCAACGAUACAAUAUCAGAUGGCGCCGCUCCCCAUUGCUUGGAUAUAGCACGCGAAACAUACCAUUUCCAAGAAUUCUGUGGCCUCGAUUGGGGCUGGUUGCACGAUGCCAUGCGACCUAAUAAAGUGAACUGGGGUGGAUCGCAGUAUUUCACCCACACCAAUGAACGCCACGGGACCGUUUUGAGUCUACUCUUGAAGAGCGUGCUCGAACUCACGCUCCAUCGCCGCCAAGAGGACCCUAAUCUCCUCGCGCAUGAAAUUAACGAACUCCUGGUCCUCGAGGCAGGUACCGACGCGAACGAACCGUGGAAAGAUAGCUGGUUCCCUUUCACUCUGGCAGGUAAUAUCCAGAUACCUUUCGAUAUCCUCUUCAAUCUUGGAGUGGACAUCUUCAGUGACCUCUCAUUCGAUACUUGGGUUAUUCAGACUGUGCUACGGAAGUUGCUGGUCAAUGCUGUACCCUGGGAACAUGCACGGCGAGGUGCGAAUCUAACGUUCACUGACCGAGAUGGUCCCAAACCGGUGCUACACCCAACACUACAAACUAGAAUGAGGGAUAGAAACGAAGAUCUCUCGGCAAUGGAGCCAUCGUUUGGGAACUUCUACCUCUUUCCCGGAUUAAGCAUGUUUAAUCAUUCCUGUCGCCAUUUUGAAAACGCACUGUGGGGAUACGAUGACAAGGUCCCCAACCGCGUAGUCGUCUGGGCGAACAAGGAUAUCAUAGCUGGGGAAGAGAUCAGAAUUCCGUAUCAACGGUAUAGGAUAGCUGAUCCUGUUGGCAAAGACCUCGAUCUCAAUAUGCACGCCGUGCAGCUCUUUGGAAAGAACUGCGAGUGUCCUCGAUGCCAAGGCAGGGGGAUUGUCCCUCCAGUUGGUAAAGGGAAGGCCAAAUCUGUGUCCAGUAGCGAUGCUACCCAGGACGAUGGGACUGUUGAUUGGACACCGGGUCCUGUGACUAUUCCCCCAAAGCAGGAAACUUGGGGUGGUGUUCUCGGAGAGGACGAUUCUGAGCUUGAUGAAUAUAUGAGAGAGUAUCGGGAGAUUGUGGAUGAUAUAUACGACCAAUACUACGAUCUUGAUGACAUGGAGUCCCAGGAUGACAAUGGGGAGGAAGAAGACGAGGAGGAGCAUGAUGGGGAUGAGGUUGUUGAUAAAAAGGCUGAGUAUGUCAAGGCUGAGAAUGGGGAUGGGGAUGGCCCUGGAUAUCCAAGUGGCCAGUGGAAGUCUUGCGGAUUCUGA